GUCAAUCCUAGGCUUGGUGGCGCAAGCUACCGCCUGCUCCCAAGGGAAAAGCGACAGGGCGACAGUAUCCAUCCAUACGAAUGGAUAAUGGGAGCGGAGCCUGGCGGAACACUUAACUAAACGCACUAAACCAACGAAACACGCCGAGAAAGUCGCGUCGUGUAAGUAGUUAUUGAAAGUAAUCGUGUGGACGUCGUUGACUGAACGAAAGAACCAUGUCUGGGUGGGGAGCUGAAGCAGAUGCUCAGGAGCAAGGACUCCAGAGCGUCACAAAUAAGAUCGACCAGGUGAACCUGCGUGGAGCAGAUGGUGCGGAGAGUGAUGAACCAGAGUUGUCUUCAGCGGAGGCGUCUCUCAUCCAGAAGUUGAUUCGUUCCAAACUGGUGAAGACUACAAAUGAUGUGGAGGUACAGCGCCGUGACCCGUCCUCUCCACUAUACUCCGUCAAAACCUUCGAAGAACUUAAGUUGCGGCCCGAGCUUCUGAAAGGAGUGUACGACGUUGGGUUCGACCUUCCCUCGAAGAUUCAGGAGACUGCUCUUCCAACACUACUUGCAGAUCCGCCACAGAACAUGAUAGCCCAGUCUCAGAGUGGAACUGGCAAGACAGCUGCAUUCAUCCUGGCCAGUUUGAGUCGUGUUGAUGAAUCUUGCAAGUACCCGCAGGUUGUCAUUCUGUCUCCAACGUACGAGUUGGCUAUACAGACUGGAGAAGUGGCUAAACAAAUGGCAAAAUUCACCCAAAUCACUUUCACCUACGCUGUUCGUGGUGCCACCUUUGAACGAGGCCACACCAUCACAGAGCACGUCAUACUAGGAACACCAGGGAAGAUAAUCGACUGGGCUCUCAAGUUUAAGUUCUUUGACCUGAAUAAAGUGAAGGUGUUUGUGCUGGAUGAAGCAGAUGUGAUGAUUGCACAACAGGGACAUCAUGACCAAUCCAUACGUAUUCACAAGAAACUUCCAGAGAGCUGCCAGAUGAUGCUGUUUUCGGCAACGUACGACAAGGAGGUGAUGGAGUUUGCGGAGCAGAUCAUCCCCAACCCGGUGAUGAUACGGCUUCGUAGAGAGGAGGAGAGUCUGGAGAACAUCAAGCAGUACUAUGUACUCUGCUCCAGUGUCCAAGACAAGUUCAACGCCCUCUCCAACAUCUAUGGGGGUCUUUCCAUCGGCCAGACCAUCAUUUUCUGCCACACACGCAAGACUGCCAUGUGGCUGUCUGAGCAGAUGACCAAGGAAGGUCACGCGGUGGCGCUUCUGUCCGGAGAAUUGGCCAUUGAGCAGCGUGUGGCCGUGUUGGAACGAUUUCGACGAGGCCGGGACCGUGUCCUCAUCACCACCAACGUUUGCGCUAGAGGUAUUGACAUUGAGCAGGUGACAGUGGUGGUCAACUUUGACCUCCCUGUGGACCAGCAAGGACGUGCUGACUGUGAGACAUACCUCCAUCGGAUUGGACGCACAGGACGUUUUGGCAAGGCCGGUCUGGCCAUUAACAUGGUAGAUGGCGCACGCACCCUGGCUCUCGUCCAGCAGAUUGAGGACCACUUCGGACGACCAAUUCGAAAGCUAGACACAGAUGACUUGGACGAGAUAGAGAAGAUCCAGAAAUGAGCAAUUUUCAUCGGACUGCUUAAAGAGGUGCUUAUUUCUUUGAGCAACCAUCAUGUGCCUUUGUACAGUCUCCAUCAGUUUCGUUAAAUAAAGGCUUCUUAGGUGACCAUUAC